UAAAGCCCUCUAGUACAGGAGUAGCGCCAAAAUCAACCAUCGGAGAUAUUUUCUUUUUUUCCCGUUAGUUUUCUUAUCCUCUCCAAAUAGGAAACCGUCCAUCAAAUUUGAAACAGAUAGCUUGCUGGUUCAACCAUGGCAUGCUCAUCUCCAUAUCCAAUCUCUGCACUAUCUUACAUCAACCCAGCUCUUCCUAAAAGGGUUUCUUCACCUUCCGUGUUCAUUCCCAAAGCCAUGGCCAAAGAGCUUUACUUUAACCAUGAUGGUUCAACAACAAAGAAACUUCUGGCAGGGGUGGACAUGGUAGCAGAGCUCGUAGGCGUAACUUUAGGUCCAAAGGGAAGGAAUGUGGUGUUGGAAAAUAAGUACGGACCUCCAAAGAUUGUUAACGAUGGUGAAACUGUUCUCAAACAGAUUGAAUUGGAGGACCCUUUGGAGAAUGUUGGAGUGAAAUUGGUGAGGCAAGCUGGUGCAAAAACAAAUGAUCUUGCUGGUGAUGGUUCCACAACAUCUGUAGUUCUUGCUCAUGGUUUAAUCACUGAAGGUCUGAAGGUGAUUGCAGCUGGCAUGAAUCCUGUCCAAGUUGCUCGUGGGAUUGAGAAAACCUCGAAGGCCCUUGUUUCUGAACUCAAAUUGAUGUCUAGAGAGGUUGAGGAUUGUGAGCUUGCAGAUGUUGCUGCAGUUAGUGCAGGGAAUGACUAUACAGUGGGAAACAUGAUAUCUGAUGCACUUCGGGAAGUGGGAAGGAGGGGUGUAGUCACAAUUGAAAAGGGAAAGUAUAUUGAGAACAAUCUACAAAUUGUUAAAGGGAUGCAAUUUGAUCGUGGAUAUUUGUCCCCUUACUUUGUCACUGAUCGACGGAAAAUGACAGUAGAGUUCCACAACUGCAAGUUACUUUUGGUUGACAAAAAAAUCACAAAUCCAAAGGAGAUGCGUAAAAUAUUGGACAGUGCUGUUAAAGAGAAGUACCCCAUAGUGAUAAUUGCAGAGGGCAUUGAGCAGGAAGCUUUGGCUCUACUUAUAAGGAACAAACUCAAGGGUGUGUUGAAGGCAGCUGCUAUCAAGGCUCCUGCCUUUGGCGAGCGAAAGAGCCACUAUUUAGAUGACAUUGCUAUCUUGACUGGAGGCACAGUAAUCAGAGAUGAUAUGGGAUUUACCUUAGAGAAGGCUGGCAAGGAAGUUUUAGGCUCUACUACUAGGGUGAUGAUCACAAAGGAUUGUACACUUAUAGUUACUGAUGAGAGCACUCAAGCAGCGGUUCAGAAGAGGGUUUCUCAGAUCCGUAAUCUUGUUGAGAAUACUGAAGAAAAUUUUCAAAAGAAAAUACUGAAUGAAAGAAUAGCAAGAUUAUCAGGAGGGAUUGCCAUUUUACAGGUCGGAGCACAAACACAAGUUGAGUUGAAAGAUAAACAACUGAGGAUUGAAGAUGCUUUAAAUGCUACUAAGGCAGCAAUUGAGGAAGGUGUAGUAGUUGGUGGCGGAUGUAGCCUUCUGAGGCUAUCCACAAAGGUUGAGGGUAUUAAAGAAUUGUUGGGUAAUGAAGAACAAAAGAUUGGAGCUGAGAUAUUCAAAAGAGCUCUGAGUUAUCCUGCAAGAUUGAUAGCCAAGAAUGCAGGUGUAAAUGGCAACAUUGUCAUAAACCAGGUGCUAUCAAAUGAUGAUCCAAGAUAUGGAUACAACGCAGCAAGAGACAGAUAUGAGGAUUUGAUAACUGCAGGAAUUAUAGAUCCAACAAAGGUAGUUAGAUGUUGUUUGGAGAAUGCUGCAUCAGUAGCCAAAACAUUUCUGACUGCUGAUGCUGUUGUAGUUGACAUAAGGGAACCACAACCACUGCCGAGAAAACCAAUAUUAACAACUCCAGGUACCGCACCUAUGAGCCUACCGAUACGGGGCCAGAGUUUGUAAUACUGCUUCAGAAGUGCAGUGACUUGAAAGGAAUGGGCAUAGCAUCAAAACAGAAGUGGCACAAGAAGCUAUAUUUUUCCAGCUUCCGCAUCAGAAAGUGCUGAUAUUUGAUCAAACACUUGGCGGUAGCUAUAUAGAUCUAGUUCUUUCGCAUCAAGUGGCUGGUUUCCCUUAGAAGAAAUAAGACUCGACUCCUAAUUUGCACCCGGAAGGAAGGGUAAGGGCACCAAGCUAAGGUGGUUGCACAGUUGACAGCCUUCCAGGGGGAAAAGAUUUUAGAAUAGACCAACUGGUAAUGUUAUGACAAGCUUUUGGAGCAUAUCAUCAAAAUUGUUGUCUUUUUGAGUUUAGAGUUUUUUUUUUUAAAAAAAAAUAUUAAGUACUAGUAUUUAUCAUUAAUAAUUAUUUGAUCUCUAUUUUUUAAA